AGAGCGCGGGCGACGAAAUCCGACGGGGCACGUGUUGUGAUGUGAAAUUUGGUCAGAGAAGCUUGCAACAGUCAGUCAUUCGUCUUGAACAUUACCACUUAACGAGGAGAAUCGAGGUCCAAGAAUGGCAGCAGAUAUCAUCACGACGGCCUUGCCACAGCUGGAUCAGCCCAUCGUCGACUACCUAUCUGGCUAUGUGGAGUCGCCGGACGCCGAUGCAGCCGACGAAGUCCUUGGCCUGGUCCGGGCCAUGCUCGAAUCGGCGACGCUCAACGACGCCGCGGGCCGCAGUCGCAUCGAUGAGGCCGUGAGCAAGAUUGCCAAGCUGCUUCCCGACGCUCCCUCCACGAGUGCCGGUCUGCGCAGGGUCGAGCGUGUCGUCGACAUGGGCGCACUGGACCAUUCCAAAACGGCCAACUUCGAGCGCGCAGGCCAGAUCGACAUCACCCAUGGUGGUGUUGUCCACAAGUCGACGGUCGACGUGCGAAAGCUGGAGAAGCAAGAGGCGAAGACCAAGGCCAAGCUUCAGAAGCGCGCUCAACGCGACUUGUACGAGACGAGCAAGCUGGUGGAAAAUGCCAAGCGGCAGGAGAGCUACGAGGAAAUGUUCCUCAAGGUCAAUCCACUCGAGACUGCCGGCAACCGGAGCAAGAACAAAGACAUUCACCUGCCCAACAUCGACGUCUCCUUUGGCUCCAACCGGCUCCUGUCUGGGGCCAGCCUCACGCUGGCCCAUGGAAGGCGCUAUGGCUUGAUUGGGAGAAACGGAACAGGCAAGAGUACGCUGCUGCGCAACAUGGCCCUUCGAGAGGUGCCCAUCCCUACCAACGUCAGCCUCCUCUACGUCGAGCAGGAGAUCACAGGCGACGACACACCCGCGCUGACGGCCGUGCUCAAGGCCGACGUCUGGCGUGAGAAGCUGAUGGAGGAAGAGCGCAACAUCAACACUGAGCUGUCUGCCAUUGAAGAGGCCUCCAAGGAGGGUGGCGAGGAGCAGGAGGGCCUGGCCAAUGGUACGGUCGCCGACAUGAACACGAGGCAGCGCGAGAUCCGCAAAGAAGAGUUGACAGGCAGGCUGGGCGAAGUCCAAGCCAAGCUUGUCGACAUGGAGGCCGACACGGGACCAAGUCGAGCAGCGGCCCUGCUCAAUGGCCUGGGUAUUCUCGACAAGGACCAGCAACGGCCAACGAGCUCCUUCAGCGGUGGCUGGCGUAUGCGACUGGCUCUUGCGCGAGCGCUGUUCUGCAAGCCGGAUCUGCUCAUGCUCGACGAGCCGUCGAACAUGCUUGACCUCAACGCCAUCGCCUGGCUCGAAGACUACCUCGUCAACCAGUGGCAGGGCACGCUCCUUGUCGUCUCGCACGACCGAGCCUUUCUCGACAUGGUCGCCACAGACAUUGUUCACAUGCAUUCAGAGCGCCUCGACUACUACAAGGGCAACUUUACCCAGUUCUACGAGACCAAGGAGGAGCGUCGCAAGAACCAGCAGCGCGAGUACGAAGCGUCCGAGGCCAAGCGGGCACACCUGCAGGCCUUCAUCGACCGGUGGCGCUACAAUGCUAACCGCGCAGCCCAAGCCCAGUCCAAGAUCAAGGAGCUGGAAAAGAUGCCCGUCGUCGAGGCGCCCGAGACCGAGGAUGUGGUCCGGUUCCGGCUGCCGGAAACGGAGAAGCUGUCUCCGCCGCUGCUGCAGCUGGACGGCGUCAAGUUCGGCUACUCAAAGGACAAGACCCUGCUGCGCGACAUCAACUUCGACGUCGGCCAGGACAGCCGAAUUGCAAUCGUGGGACCCAACGGCGCAGGCAAAUCCACCCUGAUGAAGCUUUUGAUGGGCGACAUUCAGCCGCUGCAGGGCGAGCAGAAGCGAAACAACAAGCUGCGCGUCGGCUUCUUCAGCCAGCACCACAUUGACCAGCUCGAUCUGAGCGUGAGCCCCGUGGCGUUUUUGGCGGCCAAGUUCCCGGGCAAGUCGGCAGAAGAGUACCGAGCCCACCUGGGUGCGUUUGGCAUCAAGGGCACCACGGGCCUGCAGCAGAUUGCGACGCUCUCCGGUGGACAAAAGUCGCGCGUGGCCUUUGCGCAGCUGAGUCUCAUGCGUCCCCACGUCUUGCUUCUCGAUGAGCCGACGAACCAUUUGGACAUUGAGGGCCUCGAUGCGCUGAUGGAAGCCAUCCGGCAGUGGAACGGCGGCGUGAUUGCCAUCAGCCACGACCAAAAGUUUGUCAACACAGUCAUGGACGAGCUCUGGGUCGCCGCCGACGGCACGCUCAAGAAGUUCUAUGGCGAUGUGUCGGCGUACAAGAAGAUCAUUGUAGAAGCCGGCCAGACUCGCCAGUCUUCUCACUAGGCUGCUUAGAAAUAAAUCCACUCGAAAGGUUUUCUGACUCUGUGCCCCAGGUCAAAAGCCCUCUCCCUCAAGACUGGCCGACUCUACCUGCUUUGUCGUGUGUGCCAUUCCGUGUAACUGACCCUCUCUAUUUCGCCACCAUCGAGGUCACAGAGGUGUGAUAAAUACAUGGUCAAAAGGAGCCCGCACACUCUCCUCGCAUGGAUCCAGUGAUGCCGGGUGCUCUCUAGUUCAUGGCGCGGUAAGCGAUCCAGGCGCCGAGGAGGAGGAGGGGGAUGAACAUGAAGAUGGGGCUGAGAAG